AGCAGCAGCAGCAGCAGCAGCAGCAGCAUGAUUCGGACCGUCCGCGUGGCGCAACCACGGCCGAGGUGCCGGUCGCCUGCCUUUGUGCUGUUCAUUGCCGCGAUGGUGGCAGUCAAUCUGAUGGCGUUGUGGUGGAUGGCAGCAACGCCCAUCAACAAUGACGCAUCUCACCGGCACAUGUUCACCAAAGGCCGCCAUUCUGCAGCCCACCCUCCGCCGCCGCGGACGACUCUUGAGCACGAUCAGGAUGAUUCUAGCGGGGUUGACGUUCUGGGAGACUUGCCGAUUGCGGGGCAGACGCACACGCUGCUCGAUGACGAAUCGCUUGCGGCUGUUUUGGCCGCGUUGCCACCGCACGCCCUCGCGGCUGCAUUUGAGUCGCAGGUGAGCUUGAUUUUCCGCGACUUUUUCUACUUUGAAAACCGCAUUGCAGAGACGGUCGAUGCCUGGCGCGCGCUCUUUCCCGAGAUUGCCGUGCGCAUCGUUGCGAGCGAAGUGCCGUAUCCGCCGCUCCAGCUCUCCAAGGACGCACUUGCCGGCGAUACCAAGGUGAUACCCCUGAACUUUCGACCAGGCCAGGAUGCGGUGCUUCGUGAUCCGAUGCACCACAUUUCGACGCGACUCGUGUUUCUCGUUCCCGAUGCAGUGGUGCCGCAGAGUCGCGCCGAGGCCGCGUUGUUGCUGUUGGCGUGGGCGCAGCAGACCUUGUUGCUUGGCUACGACGAGGUUGUCGCAGACCCCGCGGAGAGCAGUAUGGCGCGGUCUGUCCUUGUUGCGGGCCAAGUCAUCACCGUGCCAACGGACGCGGACAAGCCGUCGCGCUCAAAGUUGCUCUGCAGCUGCGAAGACUUUGUCCUGGACGUCCGCCGGUGGUCUCUGACAUACUUUCCGCCAGAGUCGCCGAUCGUCGACAAGAGCGAACAGGCUGAGAUUGUCACGCAUUUCGCACAGCUGAGCCUGCUCGAGGUGUCACUGCGGAAGCAAUGGGAGGAUUUUGCUCAGCAGGUGCUGGGCGACGACUUUACUUUGCCGACGGUCGAGGUCGUGCCCACUCAGCAGUGCUCGCGGAUACGCUGCGACUUGACUGGUUCGCACGCGAUCGCAUUCGACGAGACGCCGCUGCUCCUGGCUGCCUCGAGCUUGAGCCAGCUUUCAUGGACGGAGCGUCCGACCUCCUUUGGCAUUUUUCUUGAAGCCUCCGUCAAAGGGUGGCGUACCGCGUUGGUGACAACCCCUGUGUUGCAAACGCCCGAUCGAACGGCCGUGCUUGAUGCCCACCAGCGACAAAAGUACGAAGCGCUAUUCGGCAGGCUGCAGCAAUCGCUGUACCCACGGUUUCACCUCAAGCAGAUUGCCCGCGUUUCCGUCCGCCCCGAGCCCGAUCCGACGAAUGCCCAGGCGUUGAACAAUUACCUCCCUCCGCAUUGGAAUUCUCACUUUUUGAGCGGGCCACUCGAAGUUGCAUCCGGCGGCCACGAAGGCGAGGAGCCAAACCAAGGCACGACCGUGCAGCAAUCCCCACUCACGUUAUUGAAUGCGCACCUGCGCUCUCCACUUGACGGCGUGCCGGCAUCCAAACGCGAAGUGCGGUCGCUCGGCUGCUCGAAAAAGACCUCGCGGUGCUUUGGCACAGUUUUUCACGACUCUCCCGAGUACAUUGCAGCCGGGCGCUGGACGCCUCCAUGCUGCCUCGAUGCGCUCCGAACCACCGGGCGAUACCUGUUUAAUCUCUUGGACAAGGCAGGAGUUCGGUAUUGGCUGGAGGGUGGCAGCUUGCUGGGUGCUGCGCGCCAUCACGACAUUAUUCCUUGGGACUACGACAUUGACAUUGGCAUCUACCUCGAAGACGUGAGCAAGUGCCCUGAACUCUUGGCCGCCUCAAAGCUCGCGGACGGCGUUGGAAAGGAGCUGGACGGGUACAUUUGGGAGAACGCGCGUGAGGGCGACUUUUAUCGCAUUCAAUUCAGCGCCUCCAACCACCUUCACGUCGACAUAUUUCCCUUCCAUGAACGGCCGUCCGAUCGUACCAAGAACGAACCAGAGGGUGGAAUGAUGACCAAAUCCACUUGGAUGGCGACGCACAAGCAGGACACUGAAUUUCCUGCGCAUUAUCUCAAGCCUCUUGCCCGGAUAGAAUUUUUGGGCAUGAACGUCUCCAUUCCAAACCAUCACAUUGAAUUUCUCGAGUACAAGUUUGGGCCCGGGGUGGUAGAGCAUCCGCGCUAUCCAGGGCCGACACGAGUGAUUGUAUAAGACAAACUUCCCUUGCUGUUCUUAACACGCAGAAAAAAAGUUUGUUGAUCAACGGCCUUCAAAAUUAAUGUACAAAUACAUGUUAUCUCCAAGA